UUCACUCUUUCAGUCUCUUGUACUAUUCGAGCUAGGAAAGAAUGGCUUCUCUCCACUGCUUUGGUGCUCGCGCUUCAUCCUCCUACUCUUCCUCGAUUCUUCCUAUUCUUCACCGUUCGACCGCCGGAGGAGGCAGCAGACCGGAGAGUCCCUUCAUCUUCCGAUUGACUCCUCGACGCAUUGCGCAGUCUAUCCAUUUCAAUUUUAGGUUAAGGAGCUCUGAUUGGUUGCAUCUAAAACAGAAGCCAUUUCAAGUUUUUGCAUCAAACCCUAAUCCCUCAAAAGGAUCAUAUGCAACAAAAGGCGAUAAUGUGCCCCAGGGCCCUCCUUUAGCCACCAUUUUGGCAGGUUUCUUGGUCCUUUUUGCAGUAUGCUGGAUCUUAGGGUCCAUAGUAAUGUGGCUUGUGAGUCUAAUAACCAAUGUCCCUUCACCAAAGUAGGCGUAUUUUGUACCCCUACGUUCUUCCCAUAUUUUAUGUCCAUGCAUCUUUGCCCAAGAUCUAAACCUAGCUAGUUCUCAAUGUAUGUUUGAAUAUUGUUAGUGAUAUUGCGAAAAACUUAAUGUAGAUUUUAUUAUUUUA